AUGGUAUUAAGUGCUGUGGAAAUCAUUAAAAAAUAUAAGACAUGGUUCCUGGCCUCCAGAACCUUUAGGCAAGGAAUUGGCUCAGCCUAUUUAUCCUUUCCUCAUUCAGCCAUCCCUGAAGAAUAUAAGUUAUCAAGGCCCACCGAAUUAGAGCCCAUUUUCUAUCCUCCUUCGGGUGAUGGAUUAGAGAAGCGACAGCCUUGGAAGCUGUCCGGUGUCCCUCUGGGGACUUCUACUCCGGCGAGGGCCAAGAACCAGGCAGUAAGAAGAGAGAGGACCCGGGCUGCCAGAGAGUUAAUAUCCCAAUGUGCCACUUUGCACUAUGGUCCAGACCUUCCUCCAACAAGCAUCAUUAUUACUUUCCACAAUGAAGCCAGGUCUACCCUUCUAAGGACCAUCCGGAGCGUGUCAAACCGAACUCCAGUGCAUCUGGUCCAUGAGAUCAUAUUAGUGGAUGACUUCAGUGAUGACCCUGACGAUUGCCAACUGCUGAGCAAGCUACCCAAGGUGAAAUGCUUACGGAAUGAACAACGGGAAGGGCUGAUCCGUUCUCGGAUCCGGGGAGCAGACCUAGCCCAGGCCAGCAUCCUGACUUUUCUUGACAGCCACUGUGAGGUAAACAAAGACUGGCUUCUCCCCCUCCUGCAUAGGAUCAAAGAGGAUCCUACACGGGUGGUGUGUCCAGUAAUUGACAUCAUUAACCGAGAUACUUUUGCCUAUGUGUCUUCUUCUCCGGACAUGAGAGGCGGAUUUGAUUGGACACUCCAUUUCAAGUGGGAAGAGCUUACCCUCAGGGAAAAGGCCCUACGUGUGGAUCCCAUUCAGCCCAUCAAGACCCCAAUAAUUUCUGGAGGUCUGUUUGUAAUGAACAAAUCCUGGUUUAAUCACCUGGGGAAAUAUGAUGCUGCGAUGGACAUCUGGGGUGGAGAAAACUUUGAAAUUUCCUUUCGUGUGUGGAUGUGUGGAGGCAGCCUGGAAAUCCUCCCUUGCAGUCGGGUGGGACAUGUGUUCCGGAAGAAGCAUCCCUAUACUUUUCCAGAAGGCAACCUCAACACCUAUAUAAACAUACAAAGCCGAGUGGAGCUGAGGAAACGCCUAAAGUGCCAUACUUUCAAGUGGUACCUGGAGAAUGUUUAUCCAGAACUCAGGAUUCCUGAGGAGUCCUUGUUCCAAAAAGGAAUCAUUCGGCAGAAACAGAAGUGCCUACAGUCCCGAAAGCAGGAAGGUCAAGAAUUCCCAUCCCUGAUCCUGAGCCCUUGUAUCGAUGGUGAUGGAGAAGCUUCAAGGCCCCAGGAAUGGGCUUAUACCUAUGCCCAGCAGAUCUGCCAGCAGCAACUGUGUUUGUCAGUGCACAUGCUUUUCCCUGGCUCUCAGGUGCAGCUCUCUCCUUGCAAGGAAGGAGAUGAUAAACAGAGAUGGACUAAGUCUGGCCCCCGCAUCAAGCACAUGGCCUCCCGCCUCUGCCUAGACACAGACAUAAUGGGAGAUGGCAGUGAGGACAGCAGGGAGAUGGUCAUCAACCCUUGUGAAACAUCAGUCAUGAGCCAGCGUUGGGACAUGGUGUUCUCCUGAGCAGACCUCUGUGGACAGACUCAACUGGAAAUUGACUCUGGGUGGGCAUGAAGCAACUGCCCAGAAAGGAAUAAUUCAAGAUAUGGAAAGCUGUGGGAGGCCUAGGAAGCCAUACUGGAGUGGAAAGCAGAGACAGAGCCACAUACAGAGAAUAGGAGUGGCCCUCUCUGUGAGGAUGGAAGAACAGAUGACAUGCUGAGCAGUGCCUCAGAGAUCACAAGCUACAAGGGAAAAAAAUCCUCUGUGUUCUCAACCAGAAUGGAAUUCAUUCCAGCCCAGGCUGGCACCUUUGAGAGAGAGAGAGAGAGAGAGA